UCUACCGUUCGCAGAAGAAGAACGGGGGACGUGCGACCAGCUAGUUUCCCAGGACAGCUAAAAAGGGACCAGAGUACAGAGAGAUCUGUGUUCUUGCCACCAGAUGACACACACACACACGGAACGGGAACCCAGGGAGAUGAUAAAAUUACCAGAAAUACUAAAAAUGCUGCAACAACACGUCAUCGUCAUCAAACAGGGUUUGAAAUUGUUUGCGCGUAACCAGCGACAAUUACGCGACAAACGAGCUUAUAACCGCGUGCGCAAUGGAUCUAACUACGUAAUGACCAUCCCAAAACUUAGCAAACCAUGACCAACAUCUGUCUGCUGUCGGUCCAGGAAUCGAUGGCACACCGUUUCUCGUCCAAUCAAAGUAUGCGCGGCCAGCACCAAACUCGAAAAAAGUUGUCAUUUUCCUGCUUCCUCUGCGACAGUGCACCAUAAUAAGUGUAAAGUUUCCGGUUAAAAAGAGCUGGACGUGAUGGAAAAUAUCCACAAAGUGCUGCUAGUGCUAAUAGUAGUGAUUCUGGGUGCAAGCCAUCGCAACGGUGCACUGUGCAAUCGUACCAAACAACGAGUGACGGUGCUCGUGAGCGUUGAGGAGGAAAUGGAUCAGGCGUUCUUUGCCCACAUGCCACCCACCAGCCUGGAUGUGCAUGUUUGGCACACGGAAAGCAAACGGUUGGAAGUAACCACGGACAAUCCACUGCAAGCGCUAUCACUGAUGGAAGCACCCAAGCUACAACACCUGAUACUACACCCGAACGCCCAUCUUCGUCAGCUCAUUGUGCGCCACUGUCCGCUGGACGGUGUAGCCGAGCAGUUCCGCAACUUGCGGGAGCUGAGAAUUCUAAAAAUCGAACAAUGUCGCCUAACGGGUACGUUCGAUUUGGGCGUGUUGCUGGCAUUGCACAACUUAACCUCGGUUAGUUUGGAAGCGAACCACAUCACGGAAGCUAGCCUGCUGGUCGAUGAAACUGUCGCCGAACCGGAACAACCAUCGAAACUGGCCCGACUCGAUCUGAGCUCCAACCAAAUCGAAUACUUUCAUCUGGAUGCGGUACGGCUGUUUCCUGCAUUGGAGGAAUUGUCGUUAGGGCGUAACAAAUUAGCAACGUUUGCUGGUGGUAGCAGCACCUUCCUGCCGGCACUAGUAAUGCUGGACGUGCGGGAGAAUCUACUUACCGAGCUGGACCUCUCGAGUUGUAACUGUUCCUCUCUGCUUUAUCUCUAUGCAAUCGGCAACCGGUUGACCAGCUUUCCCGUUUUCAGUGACAGCACGGUAAACAUUAAGGUGCUAGAUUUGUCCAACAAUCAGCUCACCGUGCCCGAUGCGCAACAGUUGCAGAAACAGCAACGACUAACAUCGCUGCUGCUGUCGCAAAAUGCAUUCUGCAGUUUCACCACUGCCACGGAAACAGAGCUACCAUCCUUGGCUAGGCUAGAGUUGUACGACAAUCAAUUGGAAUCGCUUGACCUGCGGGGCUGGAAGUUGCCAGCGCUGACCCAGCUACGCGUUAGCCAGAACCCGUUGAAAAGCAUUCCGGACGAUCUGGUGGCACGCUACCCCAACCUGACCAAGCUGACCUGCUUCUGUCCGGAUGUUGACUGUACCUGGAUACAGCGAAACGCAGCGAACGUGAGGAGCGGAAACUUCGAAAUGAGUGUGGCAUGGAAUGGACCGAAGUCGGUCGGUAAAGGUUACCGGUGUGUCACUGUGCCGUACGUAGGAUGUGUCCGGUGUCCCUUCAAACGAACAGCGGAAAGUGAAUUAGAAUGAGCCUGAGAGAUAGAGAUAGAGAGAGUGCACACCAAAAUACAUGGCAAAAAGAAGCAAAUGGCGUCGUUACAUGUCAGCGUUCAAUCGUGAAAGAAAAGUAGCUGAUUGCUGUUGCCACCCCGGCGGUACGGGACAAAUGGGACUCAUUCACUGGACGUUACUGAAAGAGUCACACAUUGCCAACGGUGGCGCACACAGAGAAAAAAGAAAAUCGCUGAUUUGAUU